AUGACCGGUGUCACUGAGCUGUUUAGUGGUUUUGCGUAUUUCUUCCAGGGUCUAUACAUUUUGGGUCUUGGAGGUGUUGUUGGCUACUUGGAGUUCAAGAAUCCGCCUCAGCUGUAUGCCUACGCAUCGUCUUUCUUCUCCUUCUUGGGAAGAGGGCUUAUAUAUGUGCUUAUUGCGAUCCUGAACUUCCACGGGUCUGUUUUCAGAGUGCUGGCAGGGGUGCUUGUGCUUUUGGCCGGAAUCGUCUACAUUGUGCUCGAAUUUAUUCCUAGCAUCCAAGCACCUGAGAACAUGCAGGGAGAACGUGGAUUGUCUACAGAUGAGUUAGAGGAUGUAAUUUAA